UCAUGAAGAAAGUGAUUAAGUUCACGAGCUGGGUGGGCCUCAGGAAUCUUGAGAGACCUGAGCCUUCGUACAUCACCGAUAAGCGUGAGCUACCAAAGCUCCACAGAGCUGCAUGUUCAGGCUAUGAUGAAACAUUGCGGAAGUUGCUGUCACGUAAGAAAAAUGCCGUAGACAGCAGAGACAAGAAUGGCAGGACUCCGCUACACUUGGCCUGCAUCAGCGGCUGUCCAGGAGUGGUGGCUCUCCUUAUCCAGUUCAACUGUGAUCUGAAUGCUCGUGACAAGGAAAGGACGACAGCUCUCAUCAGGGCUGUACAAUCCCUGAACAGGGGAUGUGCCGGUAUCCUGCUGGAACACGGUGCUAACCCAAAUCUUGAGGACGGCGGUCAAAACACUGCUCUCCAUUAUGCCAUCUUGGAAGAGAGUGUGUCAAUUGCAACACAGCUGCUCCGCCAUCAUGCAAAUAUCGAGGCGAUAAACAAGAGUAAUUUGACACCAUUUUUACUCGCUGUCAAGGAGAACAAAAAGGAAAUGGUCAGAUUUUUGAUAGAGAACGGGGCAAAUGUACAUGCAGUCGACAACGUGCAAAGAUCAGCACUCAUCCUUGCUGUAUUUCAUGACUCCCCGGACAUAGUCAAGUUACUUCUUCAGGAAGGUGUUAGUCCCUAUUCUCAAGAUUCACGCGGAUGGUCUGCUGAACAAUAUGCUUAUUCUAAUGGGUUUGAACAGUAAGUGUUUACAUUAAAAUGCCAAGUAUCUCUUAACU